GAGGUCUGAUACAUUGUCUUCUUCCAAAGGAUAAAGUGCAAACCAAAAGGAGUUUGUGAACCUUUUUUAUGUGCUUUAAUUGGACAGUGUCUCUCACUCUCUUUGAAAAAGACUGAUCUUUUUUAUUAUUUUUUGGGUUUUUUUUUAUUUGUUUUAAUUCUAGUUUAUACCAAAACCAUCCUGUUGAAGCUGAUAAAGUAUGGCAAAGAAGACAACUUUGUGGGUGUGUUUGUUUUUUAUAUAGACUCGUGGGUUUAUUUAUGAUUAUGAUGAUUCAUGCCUACUUCGAAUACUUUCUUAGAUGCGAAGUAGAUUUUAUUUUGGCUAUUGCUAUAUCAUCAUGCUGAUGAUUCUUAACAUCUCUCUCUCUCUCUCUCACUCUCUGUGUACCAGUUUAGGCAGCAAAACCUCUUACUGAAACGUAACUUUCCCAAGCACAGGAAUUAUCUGCUACCAACUCUCUCUCUCUCGCUAUUCUUGAGGCUGCAUUUAUGAUAGAAUAUUAUAUAUAGAUAUAGCAAAUUUUAUAAAAACCAGAUCUCCUACCUUCAUAUUUAUAUAUAUAUAUAUAUAUAUAAACACCUUUUUCGUUAAAGUAUUCCAGGAUUCACGUGCCUGUUAUAACUGAAAUUUGUUUGAUAAGAUUUACUUUUCUUCUUUUAUUAUCUUUCACUAUUACUAUAUUUCUUUUAUUGGGUAGACCCCUCUUUUUCUGUUUUCUUUUUUUGUUGGUAAAUAUCUCUUUUGGUUUUUUUUUUUUUUUUGGCGGGUGUAAUGUGAAUAACGUAUUACAUUAUUAUAUAUAGUUGAGAGGGUGAACUUCGAGGAAUGUAUUAAGAGGUGGGUUUUCCGUGAAAGACUUGGGAUUUUCUCAAAUGGGUAGGUGUAGGUUUGGUGGGGUUUUAAUUGUGCUGAGCUGUGCUUUGUUGGUGCUCGUUGGUCUUGUUGUUGAAGGAUACCCAGAUGAGGACCUGGUUUUGAGUCUCCCUGGUCAACCAAAAGUUGGGUUCAAACAAUAUGCUGGGUAUGUUGAUGUGGAUGUAAAAGCUGGAAGAAGCUUAUUUUACUAUUUUGUUGAAGCAGAUAAAGACCCUGAUAGCAAGCCCCUAACUCUCUGGCUCAAUGGCGGUCCCGGUUGUUCUUCCAUUGGUGGAGGUGCCUUUACAGAGCUGGGACCAUUUUAUCCUAAAGGUGAUGGACGAGGUCUCAGAAGAAAUUCUAUGUCCUGGAAUAGAGCUUCUAAUCUCCUCUUUGUUGAGUCUCCUGCUGGUGUUGGAUGGUCAUACUCAAAUACAAGUUCAGAUUACAAUACCGGGGAUGCUUCUACUGCCAAGGAUAUGCGUAUGUUCAUGAUGAAAUGGUAUGAGAAGUUUCCAACUUACAAAUCCAGAGCUUUGUUUCUUACCGGAGAAAGCUAUGCAGGGCACUAUAUACCGCAGCUGGCUAUUGCUUUAUUGGACCACAAUGAACAUUCAUCUGACUUCAAGUUCAAUCUGAAAGGAGUUGCUAUUGGGAAUCCACUGCUUAAGCUUGAUCAGGAUACUCGAUCAACAUACGAAUACUUUUGGUCACACGGAAUGAUUUCUGAUGAAAUUUUCCUUACCAUCACGAACAAAUGUCAUUUUGAUGAUUAUGAGUAUGCGAGUCCUCACAAUGUAACUGACCCGUGCAACCAUGCACUAUCAGAAGCAAACAGCAUAGUUAGUGAUUACAUAAAUGCUUAUGAUGUGAUCCUUGAUGUUUGUUAUCCAGCUAUUGUUCAACAAGAACUGAGAUUGCGAAAAUUGGCUACUAAGAUCAGUAUAGGUGUUGAUGUGUGUAUGAGCUACGAAAGACGUUUCUAUUUCAAUCUUCCCGAAGUUCAGAAAGCUCUUCAUGCAAAUCGUACAAAACUACCUUAUGGCUGGUCUAUGUGCAGUGAAGUUCUAAAUUACAGUGAUACCGAUGGUAAUAUCAAUAUCCUUCCCUUGCUCAAAAGGAUAGUUCAUAAUCACAUACCAGUUUGGGUUUUCAGUGGAGAUCAAGAUUCUGUUGUGCCAUUAUUGGGCUCUAGGACACUUGUCCGCGAACUAGCAUACGAACUUGAUUACCAGAUUACAGUCCCCUAUGGAGCUUGGUUUCACAAGGGGCAGGUGGGAGGUUGGGCUACUGAGUAUGGAAAUCUGUUGACAUUUGCAACAGUAAGGGGUGCUGCUCACAUGGUACCAUAUGCACAGCCAUCGCGAGCAUUGCAUCUGUUCAGUUCAUUCGUGCAUGGCCGAAGGUUGCCAAACACGACUCGUCCAUCGAUUGAUGAUUGAGAAAAAAGGUUUUAAGCCUAUCUACAACAAUGUAGUAGCAGAAUGUUAGCUGUUUCAAAGAAUAGAAAAUUUGCUUAACAGAAAGGGCAAUAAAGAAGAAAAAAAAAGAAUUGGUGAUUGAUUUAUCUGCAAUUGUAAUUUCAAUUGUAUUUUGGAAAAGUUAGUAGCCUCAAGCAGAGAUAUUCUGCAUAAACACUUUCAUCCAAGUUCUUGUCUCUGUCAAAUGAAAAAAAAAAAAAAAAAAAAAAAGAUUUGUGUUUGGAUUAAAUGAAAAUGAAAAUGGUUUAUUGGAACUAA